AUGUCUAUGACAACUAAUAUGUUAAAUCUCGUCGAAAAAGAUGUAGAUAAAGCCAUCGAAUCUGUUCAAGAAUAUUAUAGCAACAUCGAAAGCAAUGUCGAUCAUGUUAUUGAACAAUUGCAACGUGCGCUCUCUCAGCCAAUGAGUGAUUCUCAUUUAAUUAAAACAUCGCUUCAAAAUACAAUUAAACCAUUAGCGAAGCAGUACAGUGAUAAGCAUAAAGAACUGCACGGUUCGAUAUCAAAGAUCGGUAAAACAAUUGAUAAAUGCUUCCAAUCAGACUUUGGUAAUGUUCCGAUAACGGAAUUAUUCGAUACGCCCGAAAAAUACAAAUUAAUUUAUAUGAUUAUUUGCGAAGAUCUUUAUCGGCAAGGACGCAUGGCGAUAGCUGAUAAAUUAAUCGAAGAAACGAAAUUAAACGAUAAUGACUUAUUCAAUCUCGAAAAGAAUUUUCUCGAAGAGAUUAAUAUGAUUUUAGAGAACAUCCGAGAAAGGAAUCUUCUGCCAGCUAUCGAUUGGUGUCUCCGUCAUCGAAAUCAACUAAAUCAAACGGGCAGUCUUUUGGAAUUCAAUUUGCAUAAAAUGCGUUUUGUACAACUAUUACAAACCGAAAAUUUUCAACAAGCAAAGACCUAUUUAGCAAAUCUGCGACAAUAUUCUAUCAGCAAAGGACAAUGUGAACAAGAAGUGAAUCAAUUAAUGGGUGCAUUAGUUUUCGCACAGCGUGAUUUAGCUAAAUCUCCUUAUAAGUACCUUCUUGAGCCCCAUCUAUGGUUACAAUUAUCCGAACUUUUCAUGCAACAAGCUUUUCAACAAGUCGGAUUAGCUCAAGACAGUCCAUUGUAUGUCGUGAUGAAAAUCGGGUUUCAAGCUUUGCCAGCAUUGAUGAGUAUUGUAAAUGCGAUGCAAAAUACUCAGGUGUGCCAUAUUUUAUCGAAAGAUGAAUUACCAAUCGAAAUCGACGUUGGCCAAGAACAUCGAUAUCACAGUGUGUUUGCUUGUCCAAUUCUUCGGCAGCAAACCACUGAUCAAAAUCCUCCUAUGAAACUCGUUUGCGGUCAUGUUAUAUCGAAAGAUGCAUUGAAUAAAUUGUCGAUCCAGAAUAAGUUGAAAUGUCCAUACUGUCCAUUAGAGCAGAGUCCGUCGGAUGCGCGACAGCUGUUCUUUUGA